CUUUCAAACAGUUGGUCUGAACACCCCCCUGGCAUAUUUUAUGAUCCUAGGUCCUGGUUGCCUGCAUCUCCACACCCCCACCCCAUCCGUCUGUCCUAGGUGUGGUGGGGAGUUCAUGCUGUGGGCGCUGGCUGGGGCCUGCUUGCCAACUGACCCCCUGGGAACGUGGGGUUUUAAAAGAGAGGCAGCUGCUGCAGUAGGAACACCCACUUAAACACAGAGGACACAGGAGCCGUGGGUUGGGCCUGUCUUCAGUGUUUUCAGCCUGAGUGGUGAGAAUCAAGGUUCCCCAGAGAGCAGGAAAAAUCAAGAAACCUGGUGUGUUUGCCUCCAACUUUUUUUCAACCCCUCCUCACUUCCUGCGCUGUAGGUCCCUCCACCCCUGGCCUCAGUUUCCCUAUCUAUUCCAUCUAUUCAACGCCCCCUGGGAUUUCUUUGGGAGUAGAGAAAGGUGGGUUUGAAAAGCGGCCCUGCCUACUCUCCUCUCCUCGCCCCUGCAGCGCCGGCUUUCCGAUUUCCUGCCCCGCACGUGCGGUCCUGCGCCUCAGGAGUGCCCUCGCCGGCCGGUGGCCCGGCAGAUGGUCGGGGUGUCGCCCUCAGCAGAGGAGGAAGAGGGCGAGGUGGCAGCAAGGUCGCGGCCCGGCGCCGCCCCCGUCCCCAUUCCCACCCCCACUCCACCCCCACCCCCCGGGCCCCGGCCGCGGCUUCCGCAGCCUCGCCCGCAGCGGCCGGUGCCCCCGCGCGCUCCUCGCCCUGCACGCCCGGCCGGCGACCCCGCUGCUUGGAGUCGCGCCUUCGGGAGCCGCAGUGACGAGCCUCCUAGGACCCGCGGGGAGCAGCGGCGAGAGGCGACUCCCAUGCGGCACCCGAGCGGAGGCCCGGGCCGCAGGCGCAGGUGAGGCAGCACCAUGGGGCAGGCGGGCUGCAAGGGGCUCUCCCAGUCGCUGUUGGACUACAAGACCGAGAAAUAUGUCAUCGCCAAGAACAAGAAGGUGGGCCUGCUCUACCGGCUGCUGCAGGUCUCCAUCCUGACCUACCUGGUGGUGUGGGUGUUCCUGGUGAAGAAGGGUUACCAAGACACCGACACCUCCCUGCAGAGCAGUAUCAUCACGAAAGUCAAGGGCGUGACCUUCACCAACACCUCUGAGCUCGGAGAGCGACUUUGGGAUGUUGCGGACUACGUCAUCCCACCCCAGGGAGAGAACGUCUUCUUUGUCGUCACCAACUUGAUCGUGACCCCCAACCAGCAGCAGAAAACCUGUGCUGAGAGUGAAAGCAUUCCGGAUGCCUUGUGUUACAGAGACAGUGACUGCCCUCCCGGGGAGCCCGUUGUGGCUGGAAAUGGAGUGCGGACUGGCCGCUGCCUUCGGGUGGGGAACAUGCAAAGGGGCACCUGCGAGAUCUUCGCCUGGUGCCCAGUGGAGACAAAGUCCAGGCCAACGAAGCCACUCCUGGGCAAGGCUGAAGACUUCACCAUUUACAUAAAGAACUUCAUCCGUUUCCCCAAAUUCAACUUCUCCAAGACCAAUGUGCUGGACACCAAAGACAAGGCUUUCCUGAAGUCCUGUCACUUUGGCCCUGAGAACCCCUACUGCCCCAUCUUCCGACUGGGGUCUGUGGUCAGCUGGACGGGGAGCAACUUCCAGGAGAUAGCCCUGCAGGGUGGUGUGAUAGGAAUUCAGAUUGAAUGGGAUUGUGAUCUUGAUAAAGCUCCUUCUGAAUGCAACCCUCGCUAUUCUUUUAGCCGUCUGGACAACAAAUUUUCAGAAAACUCAAUCUCCUCUGGGUACAACUUCAGGUUUGCCAAAUAUUACCGAGAUGGAGCUGGAGUGGAGUUCCGCACCCUCAUGAAGGCCUAUGGGAUCCGCUUUGAUGUGAUGGUGAAUGGCAAGGCAGGGAAGUUCAACAUCAUCCCCACAAUCAUCAACAUUGGCUCUGGGGUGGCGCUCAUGGGUGCUGAAACACCCCCACCCCUCCGUGCUGCGGCUGGAGUGGCCCUCUGGUGGAUGAGACGGGCGUGUGCACCAUGCGCUCUGGUCCGAAGCCCCUGUGAACAGGGGGCUUUCUUCUGUGACUUGGUACUUAUCUACUUAAUCAAGAAGAGCCACUUUUACCGAGACAAGAAGUACGAGGAAGUGAGCGUCCUACGGGUCCUGGCUGAGUCCUCGCAACAGGACGGGACCCCAGACGCAGAGGAGGCGGCAGCGGGGCCUGGGUUGGCCGAGCAGCCGGAGGCACAGCACGGAGGCGGCAGCCAGAAGGAGAAUGGCUGCCCGCCAGGUCUGGCCACCCGGGGAAUGGAAAGGUGAAUGUGGAACAGCUACAGAACCUGCAGACAGCGGAGGCAUAGCCAGAGGUGUUCGCUGAGAGCAGAUUUGGUGAAGAUGUUGCGGCAGAACCGCCUGCAGCUCUGAACUGAAAACUCUUUGUGUUUGCGUGGGACAGGUGUUUCCGGUCACAGCCAUCUCUUCUGCACCUUGGGAUCUUACUACAAGCUUUUCGUUGUGUGUCAGGGGAGGGAAGCCUCCUAGUGGCCAGUGUGGCUCGGAUCUAGAAGAGGAGGAAUUGGAGAGGGAAGUGGGGAAGGCCAGCGGCCCGAGUGGUACUCGAGUGUUUUCAUUUUUCCGAGAACUCAGUUCAUUCAUUCAUUCACACAGUGAAUGCUAUGUGCUGUGGGCUGUGCCCUAUCCAAGAGAUCCUUAAAUGAGAUGCUGACCUGGCCCCUGGGUGCGGGGAGCACACGUGUAAUUCCUUCCAGAGCCAACA